AUGUGCGUGUCACUUUUCAUAGAACACUCUAUCGCCCUGGCUGUUGGGCUCGGCGUCGGUAUCCUCAUCAUCUUCAUCGUCAUCGUCGUUGUGGUGGGCGUCUGUCUCUACAGGAGACGUGGUUUCAAAGGAGACGCAUUGGUCAACGAAAAUGAUCCAUACAAUGUUAGACCAGCAUUCGGAAGUUUGACAUCUGCGCUUGGAAGUCACGGUCGUCGACGCAACGAUGACGUCAUGCGCGGGAUGUAUAAUAAAUACUACAGUAACUGGGGCACCCCGGGCAACACAUUUAAGGGGACAAAGCUAGGGGGCGCUUCCAGCCCUGAGUUCUACAGGUCCCCAAGAAGAACAACCCCUGGAGUUUAUACCACACACGCACCGAGCCGACGCCCGUAUGUAUUCAGUGACCCUCUGCUAUUGUAA